AUGACCACCAAGGUUCAGGAACUCAUUCCACUCGAGACCAUGAACUUCGAGGUACUACAAUCCGUUUUUCUCAUGACUCACUACUUCUCGACAAGCUACUCGCCGACAGCACACACAAACCUAGGAUCCAUGUCCUCUAGAAGGCAGCAGACCGCGGCGCCUAAAAUGAACGACGCAGGGGCAGUACCAGGGGACGUAAAUGCGAUACAGGUGGAGAUGGUAGAAGCCGUGAGAACGACUUUAGAUGGAGCACUACAGGAAGAGACAGUAGCACAGAUGAGAAAGGAGAGAGUAAUAAUAGAAGCGCAAAGGCGUAUCAUUCGUGGUGUUGCCAUAAUGGUAACCUGUGACGUUACGGUCGAGUCGGGGUCUCCGAAGUCUUGA